AAUGACAAAAUCUUUGAAAGAAUAUUUUGCUUUGGUUAAAUUUUGUCGAGAGAAUACUGAUCUUUCGCUAACAGAGAAGAAAUUCUUCUGUGAUGUUUGCGAAGAGGAGAAAAAAUAUAACCCGAGAGAGGAAGAUGAACCUUUCAAAGCACAUCUGAAGACGCCAAAACAUCUUGGAAAAAAAGAUAAAAAGAAGGAAAAAGGCUUAGAUUUUCCUUUGGCUGGCACAGUAAAGCUCGGUUUCCACUUCGAACCUGUCAGAAUGCUCAUUGCAACCAAUACUCCGAUAAAUAGAGUGGAUGAUGCCUUUUUAAACAGUUUUUUGAGGAAUGAGACUAUAAGAAACAAGGAUCCGCCUCUUAUCACAGAAAAUCUGUUGUCGAUGAAGUUCUCACCCAUUAUCAAUCAUUAA